CAACCAGGAUGCUCGACUUUGCAGAAGGCGCAUCAGCGCAUGAAAAAAGUUAUAUCACGAUUGGUCCGAUACCAGAAGCUGUCGAUCCUCAAGAGCUACACUCAAAAAAGGCGCCGUUUUCGACUAUAUCGCAUCAUUCACUUGUACACACCAUAGAAUUGAUCCUGCCCAAGGAUGUCUAUACCGCGAUAUGGAGCUCAAUACGAGAGAAACUAGGAAGACCCCGAUACAUCCAAGUCAUCAUGCCGCUUAUCACGCUACUUGAGGGUGACUUUUUCAAUGACUUUGUCAAACCAGGAUCUGUUUUGAUCCUGUCCGAAGGAAGACCUGGAGUGGACGAUGUGUUUUCGUUAGAGCAAGGCAUCCUCACCCUCCAAAUGAGCCGAGACAAAUAUGAGCGUACUGGCCUCACAGGCAAGCCGAUCCGCAGUGGAGGCAGAAAACAUGAAAAGGAGAGAUUUGCAAUUGAGAUCGAUCUCCGCCAGCCAUCGAUGCUGCACGGCAAGAAAGGAUUCGAGCGUAUUAUCUGGGCUUGUCGAAAUGUACUCAAUGCCUCCGUCACCUGGCUCCUGAUUUGCGAUGCUGUCUCCCAGAACUCCCUAGACAAAGCUGCUGCGGCACUUCAGAAGUAUCAGCCUAGGAUUCUAGACUGCGAAUUCGAGGAAAUCGCCCACCCAGUCGUCAGAGUCCCACCGCUGUCCAUGGAUGAGGUACGCUCUCAGUCUUCGCUAGCUGCCUUGGAGGAUUAUUGCAACGAGGUCUCGGAAUGGCUUGGUCUGGUCUCUCUACAAUCGCCCCGUAUCUCCGUAGACGACGUAAUUGAUCCGUACCUCAGUCGGUAUGCGGUGCCUCAAUCCGAGUCGACACAAUUACAAUCUACCGCUCUUGUGAUUCUCCGCUGGCAAGGGGUCAUGGGGUCACGUUGGAUCAAUCAAUUGUUGGUUUCUUACCUCCUACAACGGGAACUUCGCACGGACAGACUGAGUGUCUGGAGCGCUCUAUCGGCCUCGGCUUUUCCCCGAGUCGCGGUUGAAAAUAAGGACGGCUAUACCAUUCUCUCUUUGAGAGAGAGUGCCGAGACCAAAGGUAGCAGUUUUGUAGCCUGGGAGUUUAUUGGCGCCUCGCUGUCAACCUGA